AUGAAGAUGGCGGACGCCAAGCAGAAGAGGAAUGAGCAGUUAAAGCGAUGGCUGGGCUCGGAAACGGACCAGGAGCCCCCUAUUCUGAAAAAGAAGAAGACGAAGGUGAAGUUCGAUGAUGGCGCCGUGUUUCUGGCCGCCUGCUCAAGCGGCGAUACCGAGGAGGUGCUCCGAAUGCUUGACCGGGGCGCUGACAUCAACUACGCCAAUGUAGACGGUCUCACCGCCCUCCACCAGGCAUGCAUAGAUGACAAUGUUGACAUGGUGACUUUCCUGGUGGAGCAUGGAGCCAGCAUCAACCAGCCUGACAACGAGGGCUGGAUCCCCCUCCACGCUGCAGCCUCCUGCGGAUACCUAGACAUAGCAGAGUAUCUCAUUAGCCAGGGUGCCUAUGUAGGAGUUGUGAAUAGUGAAGGUGAGACACCUCUGGACAUUGCUGAAGAAGAGGCAAUGGAGGAGCUCCUGCAGAAUGAGAUCAACCGACAAGGGGUGGAUAUCGAGGCGGCCCGGAAAGAGGAGGAGCGGGUCAUGCUGAGGGACGCCCGGCAGUGGCUCAACAGCGGCCAGAUUCAAGACAUUCGGCACGCCAAGUCCGGAGGAACGGCGCUCCACGUAGCGGCCGCGAAGGGAUACGUUGAGGUUUUAAAGCUUUUAAUCCAAGCAGGGUAUGAUGUAAAUAUUAAGGACUAUGAUGGCUGGACUCCUCUACACGCAGCAGCACACUGGGGCAAAGAGGAGGCAUGUAGGAUACUGGUGGAGAAUCUAUGUGACAUGGACCUCAUUAAUAAAAUGGGCCAGACACCUUUUGAUGUAGCUGACGAAGAUGUUCUGGGAUAUUUAGAAGAACUACAAAAGAAACAAAAUCUGCUGAUGAGUGAGAAGAAAGAUGUUAAGAAAUCUCCUUUGAUUGAAACGACAACCACUGGGGAUAACAACCAAUCACUGAAACCACUCAAGAGCAAAGAAACGCUGCUUCUGGAGCCAGAGAAGAGCGCCCCACGCAUCGAGGCCUUGGAAGCGGAGAAGGAGGAUGAAGGAGAGGAGGGGAAGAAGGACGAAUCGAGCUGCUCCAGCGACGAAGAGGAGGAAGAGGAUUCAGAGUCGGAGACCGAAGCAGACAAGAGCAAGCCUUCAGCAUCGGUGAGCAACAGCACAACGCCCGCCCCAACCAGUAUCACCGUGUCAUCUCCAACUACUCCAACCAACCAGGUGACAACCCCCACCUCACCAGUAAAGAAGUUUGAAUAUAUUACUCCCCUCAUGCCUGUGGCGGAGCCAGGCUGUCCUGCAUUGUGGCGUCAAGGCUUGCGCAAAACUGGCAUUUCUCUAGUGCCCAAAAAACCUAUGGUCACUCAGCCUGCUGGAAAGGCCUCAACUAAAACGGAGGAGGAGAGGAAGGACGAGUCUCCAGCGUCGUGGCGUCUGGGCUUGAGGAAGACGGGCAGCUACGGGGCGCUAGCAGAGAUCACGGCAACCAAGGAGGCUCAGAGGGAGAAGGACACAACGGGGGUGAUGCGCUCAGCCUCGAGCCCUCGUCUCUCCUCUUCCCUGGACAACAAAGACAAAGAGAAGGAAAAGGACAAAGGAACCCGGCUUGCCUAUGUGGCCCCCACCAUCCCCAGGAGACUGGCCAGUACUUCAGACAUCGACGAGAAGGAAAACAGGGACUCUACCGCUCUGAUACGUAGCGGCUCCUACACCCGGCGACGCUGGGACGACGACCUGAAGAACAGCGAAGGAAGCGCCUCUACCAACCGAACCCCCAGCUACCAGCGCAGCACGUCCCAUACGCUAGCGCUAGGGCGGAGCGGCAGCACGCGGGACGUGCCAGCCAAGUCUUCGUCCACCUCCAGCUUGGACCCUAACACCUGUAAUACUAAACCCUGGCAGCCACCCGCCUCCCACUACCAGUCUUACAGCAUUUACCGCAGCGGCUCUUUCGGCAGAAGACACGAGGACUUGAGCUCCUCGACCACGUCCUCCUCCACGACCACCACCACCUCUUCAUCUGUUACCUCGCCCACAGGCCAUCGCGGCCUGCUCUCCAGGUACUGGUCAGAGGAGAGUGCAGAGAGGGAGAAGGAGAAGGAGUCUGCUGCAGUCAUCCCCACUAUAAACACUGGCUCUACUACGACCACCGCAUCGACCACUACUACCACCGCCAUAUCGACCACUACCACCACCACUGGCACUGUCACCGGCUCUGAAAGACGCAGGUCAUACCUGACGCCAGUGCGAGACGAGGAGUCAGAGUCUCAGAGGAAAGCUCGCUCCAGACAGGCUCGACAGUCGAGGAGGUCCACUCAGGGUGUGACUCUGACUGACCUGCAAGAGGCCGAGAAAACAAUCGGCAAGAGUCGUACCCCAAAGACCCGCGAGGAGGAGAAGGAGGAGAGAGAGAAGCAGGACAAGGAGAAGCAGGAGGAGAAGAAGGAGACGGAGACCAAGGAGGACGAUUACCGAUCGAAGUACCGCAGCUUCGAGGAGCGUUACCGGCCUUCAUCCUCCUCCACCUCUGCCAUUUCCACAGUCAGCACUGCCUCCACCCCAUCCUACUCUAGCAGCACAUUGUCCUCCAGUUCCAGCUCCCUCAACAGGCCUAACAGUCUGACGGGGAUCACCUCCUCCUAUAGCCGUUCCUCCAGAGACACGGAAAAAGAAGCAGAUAAGAAGGAGGAGGAGAAGGAGGGAGAGGACAAGUCUCAGCCCCGCUCCAUACGGGAUCGCAGGCGGCCCCGCGAGAAGAGACGCUCCACUGGGGUCUCCUUCUGGACCCAAGACGGUGAUGAAAAUGACCCUGACCAGCAGUCCGACUCAGAGGAGGGCAGCACCAAGGGAGAGCUACAGAGUGACAGAUUGUCCAGGAAUGAGAGCACUUCAUCCUUAGAUCGCAACGACACUCUUUUUAGCCGUAGCUAUGAGAGUCGAAGGCCAUACUCGAGCCGACUGGAUAGAGACGACACCACUGAUUAUAAAAAGCUCUACGAGCAGAUCUUAGCUGAGAACGAGAAGUUGAAGGCCCAGUUACGUGACACAGACCUGGAGCUGGCAGACUUGAAGCUACAACUAGAGAAGGCCACACAGAGGCAGGAACGCUAUGCUGACCGAUCACAGCUUGAGAUGGAGAAAAGGGAAAGAAGAGCUCUAGAAAGGAAGAUUUCUGAGAUGGAGGAGGAACUUAAGAACCUCCCCCAGGUAAAGCAGGUUCAGGCCCUGCGGCAGGUUAAGGAGCGGCUGCAGGCUGAGAACCGGGCCCUGGCCCGCGUGGUGGCAAAGCUCUCGCAGUCCGCCUGCAGCCAGCUGCCCAGCGUCGACCUCUAA